CAAGCUGGAUGCGAUCAUGUGCUGAAUUCAAAAGCAAGAAGAGAUAAAUGUGGUGUUUGUGGUGGGGAUAAUUCUUCAUGCAAAACUGUUGCGGGCACAUUUAACACGGUGCAUUAUGGCUAUAACGUUGUGGUCCGCAUCCCAGCUGGUGCAACAAAUAUUGAUGUACGUCAGCAUAGUUACUCAGGGAAACCAGAGGAUGACAACUACCUGGCCUUAUCUAACAGUCAAGGAGACUUUAUAUUAAAUGGAGACUUUGUCGUCAGUAUGUUUAAAAGGGAAAUCAAAGUUGGGAAUGCUGUGAUCGAAUACAGCGGAUCGGAUAAUGCUAUUGAAAGGAUUAAUUCUACAGAUCGGAUUGAGCAAGAAAUAACGCUUCAGGUUUUAUCAGUGGGCAAUUUGUACAAUCCCGACGUUCGUUACACGUUUAAUAUCCCCAUUGAGGACAAACCUCAGCAGUUUUACUGGAAUGCGUACGGCCCGUGGCAGCCCUGCAGUAAGCUCUGCCAAGGAGAGCGAAAAAGGAAGCCCGUGUGUACGAGAGAGUCGGAUCAGCUCACAGUGUCGGACCAGCGAUGUGAUCGAAUUCCCCAGCCUGACCCCGUCACUGAGCCUUGUAGCACAGAAUGUGAAUUAAGGUGGCACGUCGCGAGGAAGAGCGAGUGCACGGCCCAGUGCGGGCUGGGGUACCGCACCCUGGAGAUCUACUGCUCCAAGUACAGCCGGCUGGAGGGCAAGAUAGAGAAGGUCGACGAUCGCUUCUGCAGCAGCCAGCCCAAGCCGAGCGCGAGGGAGAAGUGCACUGGAGACUGUAACGUGGGAGGGUGGCGGUACUCGGCCUGGACCGAGUGCUCCAAGAGCUGCGGCGGGGGCACGCGGCGGCGGCGAGCCAUGUGCGUGAACACCUACAACGACGUCCUGGACGACAGCAAGUGCAGCCAGCAGGAGAAGCUGACGGUGCAGCGAUGCAGCGACUUCUUGUGCCCCCAGUGGAAAACUGGCGACUGGUCCGAGUGCACCAUGACCUGUGGCCAAGGCUACCAGAUGAGAGCGGUGAAGUGUGUCGUGGGCACCUACGUGUCAGUGGUGGAUGAUAAUGAGUGUAAUGCUGCGACCAGGCCAACGGACACACAGGACUGUGAAAUAGCAGCGUGUCCUCCCCAUCCAAAUAGUCCCGAAGCCAAGAGAUCAAUAUCAGGCAUUCACAGGACACAGUGGAGAUUUGGAUCCUGGACACCGUGCUCCGCAACGUGCGGGAAGGGUACCCGGAUGAGAUACGUCAGCUGUCGAGAUGACCAGGGCUCGGUGGCUGACGAGUCAGCUUGUUUCCACCUCCCGAAGCCGUCAGCCACGGAAAUGUGCACCGUGACGCCGUGCGGACAGUGGAAGGCCUUGGAGUGGAGCUCUUGCUCGGUGACUUGUGGUCAAGGUAAGGCAACGCGACAAGUGAUCUGCAUCAAUUACAGUGACCAGCUGGUGGAUAGGGGUGAGUGCGAUCCGGAUGACCUCCCUGCCACCGAGCAAGACUGCUCCAUGUCUCCAUGUCAUCCGAACAGCCAUGACUACGGCAGGCCCAUCCACCCUUUCCUCUAUCCGGAUCAUCGCCUGAAACUGCACCCCGGAGGCAGCCCGAACCGAAACCGUGCACAUAUACCGGGAGGCAAUCAGUGGAGGAUUGGCCCCUGGGGUGCAUGCUCUAGCACGUGUGCGGGGGGGUUCCAGCGGCGGGUCGUGGUGUGCCAGGAUGAAAACGGAUACACCGCAAAUAACUGCGAUGAGAAAAGCAAACCCAUGGAGCAGAGAUCGUGCGAAUCUGGCCCCUGUCCUCAGUGGGCUUAUGGCAACUGGGGAGAGUGCACGAAGCCAUGCGGGGCAGGGACAAGAACGCGGCUGGUGGUGUGCCAGCGCCCUAAUGGAGAAAGGUUUACGGAUCUGAGCUGCGAAAUUCUUGACAAGCCACCGGACAGAGAGCAGUGCAAUGUGCAGGACUGUCCUAGAGAUGCUGCCUGGAGCGCUGGUCCUUGGAGCUCGUGUUCUGUCUCCUGUGGAAGGGGCCAAAAGCACCGCAAUGUGUACUGUUUGUCAAAGGAAGGGAGGCAUGUAGAAGAAGAUUAUUGCAAGCACCUUGCUAAGCCCAAUGUGCAAAAGAAAUGCAGAGGGGGCAGAUGUCCGAAGUGGAAAGCAGGAGAUUGGGGACAG